UGCGCGAUGAUCUUGAUUCUUGACCCUUCGACAAGCUUCUUCAUCCUGCUCCUCCAUGGCUCCCGAAACUUCACCAUCUCUCUCCACCCUUCUCUUCUCUUCUCUUCUCUUCUCUUCUCCCUAUAUAUAUCCCCUGCAGCCCUCGCUCUGCUCUUCAGCUUCCGACACAGAACGAACGCACCCGACCCAAGAACCUCCCAUUGCCCCGCGUCUUCUGCUAUUUUGCUUAGUGUUGUGCUGUUCUUCAUCCGACAAUGGCUUCCGCAUUGACGUCUUCGCCUUCGCCCCUGGUCGCCGGCAGGGCCCCUCGCUCCGCUCGGGCCGCGUUGGCGCCGUGCUCCGUCGCGUUCCCGCGGUGGGCGCGCUGGAGUGGCGGUGAGCCGGCGGGGCUGCCGGUGGUGAGGGCCGCCCAGGAAGGCGACAGGAAGGACUCGGCGGUGGACGUGCACGUGGGCAAGACCGAUCAGGGGCAGGGGACGUCCGUCGAGAGGAGGCCGCGGCGCUUGGCCGUUGACGUCUCCCCCCUCGGCUUAUUGGACCCGCUCUCGCCAAUGAGGACGAUGCGUCAAAUGUUGGACACAAUGGAUCGGUUGUUCGAGGAUGCCAUGACACUUCCUGGAGGCAGGAACAGGGCUGCAGGAGAAGUACGGGCCCCAUGGGACAUCCACGACGACGAGCACGAGAUCGGGAUGCGGUUCGACAUGCCCGGACUUGCCAAGGAGGACGUCAAGGUGUCCAUACAAGACGAUGUGCUGGUCAUCAGGGGGGAGCAGAAGAAGGAAGAAGGUGAGAAGGAUGUUUGGUCAGGCCAAAGCUUCAGCUCCUACGACACCCGCCUCCAGCUACCCGAUAACUGUGACAAGGACAAGAUUAAGGCCGAGCUCAAGAACGGAGUUCUUUAUGUUUCCAUCCCGAAGAUGAAAGUGGAGCGCAAGGUCAUCGAUGUUCAAGUACAGUGAAGUUCCACUUGAGUGAUUUAAGUACCUGUGUAAGUAGCUUGCUAUGUGUUCUGAGUGGAGGCAAUUUUGUCAUCAGGCCUGAUGUAUGUAAAAUCUCUUUUAAUUUUGUAUCUAAAACCGCUUUAAGCGUGAAAUAAAGGAAGUUGUGUUCUUAUUCCUGCCA